AUGAGCGCAUCCGCACUAUCACCACCCGCCCUUGUCGGCGCCGCCUUCAGGACUUCCAUGACCCGUCCUCAACUUUCUCGUUGCGCCAGCCGCCUCACACAGCACACAUCUACCAACAGCUAUGCCACCUCUUCCGAAUCACACACUCCUCGCUGGGCUGCCACCCCCUCACGCAUGGCCAUGCCUGUCCGCGCAAGACCCGGCCCUCGCCAACGCCAAUCUCCUCCCUUCACCGUAAACUCAGACCCUUCUCUCCUCGACGAGGCAUACACCUCUUUCCUCGGCAAGAAUGGCGACUCUGUACUUCCUGAAGAGAUCAAAUGGCUAGCCGUCACACACAAGUCUUUCGACCACGCAAGAAGAGGUUUUAACGACAAGCUUGCCUUUCUCGGAAAGAGAUUGUGCGAUGUCCAGUGUUCGCUGGCUCUGAUUGAACAGCCCUCUCAGAUUCCCACUUACACAAAACCCGACCCAGAGGCGACAGGCAAAUACAAGCAGUACAGACAUCCCGCCAUGAGGGGCGUGGACAAUGUUUCGGAAUUUGCAAAGAACAAGACGUUGGAUAAACAAAGAUUGGCUUCUUUGGCGCGGCAAUACGGUCUGGACGCUGUUGUGAGAUGGAAGCCGAGAAACGUCGACAACCUCUCAUCAUCUGGUGUCGAUGUCGUUCUUGCUCACACUCUCUACUCGAUCGUUGGUGCCGUGGCCAUGGAGAAGGGAGGAGACUUUGCAAACAAGAUUGUGAGGGAGAGGAUAUUGAACCCUCUUGGCCUCAAGUGA